CGUUCAGUGCAAGGAGCCAUCUCAUUGUGGCGCCUCGGCUUGCCGCAUGUUCUGCCCGUCGGGAUUUGCACGCGAUCCGCAAACGGGUUGCUCGGUGUGUCGUUGUCGGGAUCCGUGCGAUGGUCUCGAGUGUCCCAAUGGACAGUCCUGCCAGCUGCAGGAAGUGCAGUGCAAGUCGGAGCCAUGUCCACCGUUGCCCACAUGCAAGAAGGCACGCUCCUUGGCCAACUAUUGCCCCGCCGGACUCCCCCUGGCCAUCGAGGACAGCGUAAGGCCCUUCCUGUGUGGUCAGGAGGCGGGUAAGCCUCAGUGCCCGCCCCUCUACCAGUGCAUGGUGGAAUCCGGCAAUGACUACGGUGUCUGUUGUCCCAGCACCUUGACCUUCCAGAAGCCAGGCAUCUGUCCAGCUCCCGAACAAGCGCAGUACACCCAACGCACCGGCUACAUGUGUGGUGCACCCUGCAGUCAUGAUCUGGAGUGCCGCAACCUGGACAAAUGUUGCUUCACCAAGGGCUGCCAGUUCAAUUGCCAGCAGCCGAGCAAUGUGACGGGUUGCCAUCAGGCCAAGGCCCUGGCCGACAUCCUGUCCAUCAAUGAGCGUGAGGGACGCGGUUAUGUGCCCGAUUGCAAUGGACCCGGUGGUCAGUACUCUCCUAGGCAAUGCUCAAGGAACGGCCUCGUCUGCUGGUGUGUGGAUCCGCGCACCGGACACAAGAUCAAGGAGUCCAUGGGCGCAGCCAACAAUGUCAACUGCGAUGGCUGGGAGAACAUGAUCAGUCGCUCCUAUGCCCGCAGCUUCCAGAUGGAACAAUGCGAUUCGAAUAUCUGCGCCGCCGUCUGUGAAUAUGGCUUCAAGAAUGAUCACAAUGGCUGUCCGACUUGUGAGUGCUCUGAACCUUGUGAGGGAUUUAAGUGCGCCAUUGGUUCCCAUUGCGAGGUGGCCACCGAUCCGCUAUGCGAGUCCGGAUCUUCUCUCUGUGCCUCUUGGCCAGUCUGUAAGCCGGACUUGGCCUAUUCGAAUCCCUGUGACAUUGGUACACCCCUCUCGGAUACAGUUAGUGGAGAAGUCAUGUAUUGUUUCGAUGAGCGUCAGGCACGCAGCUUCCAGCCGACAGCGUUCUUUGAGCCCGAAGCAGAGGCGAAGCAGGGUCGCUCCAUGAGCAACCGCAUCAUGUGCCCGGAGCAGUACAAGUGCACCAAGCUGCAUCGUGAAACGGAGAGCGUGUGCUGUCCAGUUCCGGAGCAAACAACAGAUUCUGGAGAUCAGCAGACGACGCACCAGCAGACGAUGUGUGAAUAUUUGCGCGACUUCUCCGAGCGCAUGGAGGGCACGGAGGAGGGCAUGCAGCUGGCAAUGCCGGCACCACGUUGCACGGCUGAAGGAGACUACGCGGGACGUCAGUGCGAGCAGCGGAAGAUACGCGUGACGCGGGCGGAGCAGCGCAAGAUUCUGGAGGAGAAUACCAUACGCCGGAUGCGAAUGCUGUUGAGCAGUGCUCCAUCGAAACGGAGCAGACGCGAUGCGGAACGCCUGAAGCUCUAUCGUGUGGAUGACAAUGCGCUCAAGGUGCAGGUGGCAGCUCCAGUGAUGGGACGCAGUGCCAAGGUGAUUGACAUGGGCGCCGAGCGACAACAGGGAUUGGGACAACUGUUCGAGACGGACUUUAAGAAGGUGGCGCCAGCGCCGAAGCGACCCGUUGCCGAUGACGACAUGGUCGAGAUGGAGGUGGAGCAGUGCUGGUGCGUGGACAGCUUUGGCACAGAGAUUCCACAAUCGCGUGGCUUCAAUGUCAGCGACGAGAGUUGCCAGCAGCUGCGCGACAAAUUGGACUGCCUCGAUCUCACCUGUCGCAUGGGAUGCGAGUAUGGAUUCGCACUGGAUGCCAACACCCGCUGUCCCGCCUGCCAGUGCCGAGAUCCCUGCGAAGGGGUCACCUGUGGCCAGGGCAAGGAAUGCCGCAUAGUCGAUGUCAGCUGCGAGGGUGAAUACUGCCCGCCAGUGCCCGCCUGUCUGCCGCGUAAGCCCGGUCAGUGCCCUUACCUGGUGCCACCUGCUCCAACGGACAACCUGGAUGCCAACAUCUGUGCCUACGAGUGUCGCACCGAUGCCCACUGCGAGGGAUCGCGUCGCUGCUGCUCCAACGGCUGUGGCACACAAUGUGUGGAGCCCCAACUGAAGACGGCCUGCCAGCACCUCCAGGCGAUACAGCUGCAUCAGAGCUCCGAGCUGGGCAUUCCGGCACGCCAGAUGACGGUGGCCCAAUGUGACGUGGAGACGGGCAAAUGGGAGCAGGUGCAGUGCUCACCCGACGGCCAUUGCUGGUGUGUGGAUGCCCAGGGACAGCAGCUGGCUGGCACCAGGAUCAAGUCACCUGCCACGCCCAUCUGCCAGGAGAACGCCAGCUACGCCUGCGUGCAGGCAAAGUGCAACGUGAGCUGCGAGAGCGGUUACCAGGUGGAUGCCAACGGCUGUCCCACUUGUCAGUGUCGGAACUACUGCCAGGAGGUGAGCUGUGCCAGCGACGAGGAGUGCCAGCUGAUCAGUGUGGAGUGCGUGGACAGUCCCUGUCCCAAGAUGCCCAUCUGUGUGCCGCGUCGUGCCUCCGUUUGUGCCGAGGGCAAUCCCCUCCAGCAGGGCGAGCUCGACGUCAGCUGUGGUCCCCACAACGAGCACGAGGCGUGUCCCACCACCCACACCUGUCAACUGAAUCCGGUGAGCAAUCGUGGCGUCUGCUGCUCCAAGACACGCGACGUUUGCUUCGAGUCCAUGGACAAUGUGUGCCUCUCCGGCGCCAACACGUCGCACAAUCACACGCGCUAUCGCUUCAGCCCGAAGGCCAACAAGUGUGUGGCGGUGCACAUCGAUGCGGAUGCAGCUGCCUGCCAGACCAAGAAUCUGUUCCACAAUGAGCUCGCCUGCAAUUCCGUCUGUCCAGUGCUCACCCAAUGCGAGCGUCUCAAGCUCAAGAACAGCUUGGCCGCCCAGCGCAGUGGACACUCUUCGGUGUGGUUCCAGCCACGAUGCGAUCCCGUCACCGGUCACUGGAGUCCCGUCCAGUGUCUGGGCAAGCAGCCCGCUUUGGCCAGCACGCCACGCACCACGGAGAUUGUGAGUCGCGCCUUUGCCCGUCUGCAGACGGAGGAGGAGCAGGAGCAGCAGCUGCCCAGUCCCUAUGGCGUAUGCUGGUGUGCCGAUCGAAAGGGUGCACCACUCAAGGGUAGCCUGACCCGGGACAUUGAGCCCACCUGCAACAGUCGCCAGGCGAGGCAACGCAAGAACUACGAUCUGGGAGAUCCGUUGAUGGAGCAGCUCAUUGGCCAAUUGACGCAGCUGAACGAUGUGGACAACAUUGACUUGGACUUGGAUGAAGUGGAGCUGAAGCUGCAACCCACUGUGACAGCAACCAACGUGCCAGAAUCUGUCACGGAGCGUGUCUUGGAGCUGGCCAACUCCCUGUUGGACUCACAGUUGUCGGUGGAAUCGUCGUCCCUGCAACCCAUGCAGCUAAACACCACACGCUGUCGCGCCUUGGCCACAACAGCGACAUUCCCGGUCAGCUGCGAUGAGGCGGGUGCAUUCCGUGCCCAGCAAUGCAGCGGACGGAAUUGCUGGUGCGUGGAUGCUGCCGGAAAUCAAUUGCAGUCGUCGCACAUCUUUGGUCAGGGCGAAAGACACUGCGACCAUGUGCCGAUCGAGGCGGUGUCCAUUGAGCUGCACAUGACCAACAGCAGCGGGAGCAGUGUACGCAAUGUCUACGAUUCCAUACGCCGUGAACUGCAGCAGCUGCUCGGCGAUGUUGUCGAGAAUCUGCGGGUGCAGGAGAACUUCGAUGGCUCUCUCCUUGUACGCUUCGAGCUGCACAACGAGGCCAAAGUGGACAUGGCCUUUGCCAUUGAAUCGGCCAUCACAUCCGGUGGCUUUCAACUAGUUGCUGGUCACUUCCGGCCGGAUCUCACACGUUCCCAUUUUGUGCAUCGCCCGGCAGUGCCACCUCAUGCCCAGGCAGCCACCGCACCUGAUGAAUCCGUGCAGCUGGCGAUGUUCGUCAUGGCCAGCUGCUCGGCAUUCCUCGUCAGCAUCUUUGUCGUCUACGUCAUGUUGAAACGUGGCUGGCACAAAACGUUGCACAAGAAUGUCUACGAUUAUCCAAAGGCAGCAGCUGCAGCCGGAGAAAAGCCCGUCGACUUCUCUCUUCCCAUAUUCGUGCUGGAAGAUGCACAGCCGGAGAGUGUUAAGCGGGUCAAGGCGUAGGCAGCAGGAUCAGCAGGAGGAGCAGAUAUUGUUUGUUGUUAAGCGUUAAAUUAUAUAAAUGAAUUUGUAAAUAAAUUUGGGUUAGACACUCAAUGGUGCAUGCCCCGGAUCUACAAGGGGUCCGCACUAAUCAUACAAAUACUAUAUUUAUAUCGAAAUAUCUAUAAUUUGUACUUUCUAGACUCAUAAGAUGAUUAAUUUAUAAAUAAAGCUUUAAAAACGAA